AUGGUUCAGAAGAGGACUCCAGGACAGUCAUUGAGUGAUUCUUUUCUGCCUGUCUUUCCUACUCGUUGCUCUUCUCUAUAUGUAAAACCCAAACACUAUGAGACAGCAGCAGACAACACACAGCCUCCCCCACUGGAGCCAGAGCUGGAAGAGUUCCUCAUCCCUCGUAAUCCAUCAGUGUCCCCACAUAAGAGCUGGCUCUACCUGCACUUCCCUCCCCUUCUAGUGGCUCCUCUGCCACUGGAGGACACCAAGGCACUGCCCCCGUUAAUUAAGAGGCCUCUCCUGGAGGAGGGUGAAGGCUCAGUAACUAAGUAGCUCAGACUCCGCUGUAAGAACGUGCUGGAGAUCCGGCGGCGGAAGAUGAACAGGCACAAGUACAAGAAGCUGCUGAAACGCACCAAGUUCCCGAGGAGGAGAGUGUUGGAUGGCAGGAGGGAAAAGAAUCAGAAACACUUUGAGAUGGAUCUUCAGAGGAUCUGGAUGCGAGCUGGACUGAAGAAAUCCCCAGGGAUGGAAUACACAGAGGAUCUGGAUGCGAGCUGGACUGAAGAAAUCCCCAGAGGGAUGGAAUACACAGAGGAUCUGGAUGCGAGCUGGACUGAAGAAUCCCAGAGGGAUGGAAUACACAGAGGAUCUGGAUGCGAGCUGGACUGAAGAAAUCCCCAGAGGGAUAGAAUACACAGAGGAUCUGGAUGCGAGCUGGACUGAAGAAAUCCCAGAGG